AUGGAAAUCAAUUCAGUUGUUGAACAACCAAUGAAAGGAAGAAGUGCGAUUCAGGGAUUGAAACCAUGGCACAAUAAAAGGACGAAGAAGAAGAAGAAGAAGAAGGACGUUUGUGGGUUAGAGUGGUUGCCAGAUGCCGUGGUUGUGAGCUUCCUGGCUCAGGUGUCGAGAUUGGACCUCGCGGCUUUGGCUAUCGCCUCCAAGAGUCACAGGUCUCUGGUGGUUUCCUCUGAGCUCCAGGACUUGAGAUGGCAGAUGAGUUGCGCGGAGCAAUAUCUCUACGUAUGCUUGCGCAUCUUUCCAGAACCAAGCGCACGCUGGUUCAUCUUCCAACCCAUGCAACGUACGCUGAAACCACUCCCUAUGGACUUGGAUCAUCAUGGUCCGAAACCAGCCUCCUCUUUCGUGCGGGUGUGUCAUUCGAUUUAUGUUAUUGGUGGACUCGUAGACGGCAACCCCACUUCGGAAGUCUCGUUUUUCAAUUGUUUCCAGCACAAAUGGUACCUUGCGCCGCCAAUGAAGAUGGCUCGUGCUUGCCCAUCUGUAAGCAUGAUGAUGACAGACUCAGGCUGCAAGAUAUAUGUGUUUGGAGGGUGCGGGGUUGAUUUCGCUGAUUCCUCAACCUGGGCAGAGGUGUUUGAUGUCUCCACCCAAACAUGGGAUUUCUUGCCUGUCGCUACGCCCCAGAUGCCCCUUAGUAUCCGACAUAGUGUGGUGAUGGUAGAAGAGGAGGAGGUUUAUGUAGUGGAUGAGUAUGGUUAUAACUUCUCCUUCUCACCAAGUAAAUGUAUGUUUGUGGCAAGGGGCAAAAUAGAUUCCAUGCCAGGUUUCAUUUACAGAAACGAUUGGUGUGUCAUUGGGACAUUCUUAUUCUGCCGUGGCACCCGCGGGAGAAUACUUUGGUGUUUGCCCUAUGACUUGCGUUGGAAGGAAGUGAAGGGUUUGAAAGAUCUGAAAAAGUGGGGAUCUGAUAUCACCAAACUCUGCAUCAGCCCUGCUGGGAAGCUUGUUAUCUUCUGGAAACCGCAUCCCCCGAGCAUGGAGCUUCACUCUACCGAGAUCUCUGUUUCCUGUGUGAAACGAAAAAGAAAUAGACAAGAGAUUUGGGGGAAGAUUGAGUGGUCUGGUGCUGUUUUCAAACACGAACCUGUCACAGACUCAUCAUAUAGCUUUGAUGUCUUAUAUGCAAAUUAUGUCUAUACCUGA